CAACAUCAUAAACCGUUGAGUGAAUUUCCGAGUGUUUUUCAGUACAGGAUGGCUGUACGUGGGGGUCCCGGGCUCCUCUGGGUUCUGUGGCUGCUAUCGGUGUUUGAGGCGGUCUAUCCGCUGAAUUCCGGCAUGCUUUUUCCCCAGGAGUCUUCCUCCAGGGAGCUGAAGGAGCUGAGCGGGCUGUGGGACUUCAGGGCGGAUAAAUCUCCCAACAGGAAGCAGGGUUUUGAGCAGGCAUGGUACAAACAACGGCUGACAGAGACUGGCCCAGUCAUUGACAUGCCAGUUCCUGCCAGCUAUAAUGACAUCACGCAGGACCCCACUCUGAGAGAUUUCAUCGGCUGGGUGUGGUACGAACGUGAAGUGGUGGUGCCCACACGCUGGAUCGCUGAUGAAGGAACGAGAAUUGUUCUCAGAGCGGGAAGUGCUCACUACUACUCAGUGAUGUGGGUUAAUGGAGUAAAAGUGACGGAGCAUAAAGGUGGCCAUCUUCCUUUUGAGGCUGAGAUCGGCAGUUUACUCCGUGCAGAGCCUUCUAAGUCGUGCAGGAUCACCAUCGCUGUUAACAACACUCUAAGUCUGGAGACGCUUCCUCCUGGAACCAUCCAGCACUUCAACGACCCCACCAAAUAUCCUGAUGGAUUUUUUGUGCAAAACAUCUAUUUUGAUUUCUUUAACUACGCUGGAAUCCAUCGUCCCGUCCUGCUGUACACAACUCCAAAGGCUUAUGUGGACGACAUCACUGUGGUGACAGACUUCAAAGAUAACACUGGAUUUGUGAAAUAUAAAGUCUCAAUACAAGGAGCAACCUCAGCCACGCUGAAGGUCACUCUGAUAGACAGAGACGGUCACUGCAUGGCCUCCUCCAGCGAGCCAUCUGGAGUGCUGCAAGUUGUUGACGUCAAGCUGUGGUGGCCAUACUUGAUGCACGAGAAUCCAGCCUAUCUGUAUUCACUGGAGGUUCGAGUUUUGGUAUCUGAUAAGGGAUCAGAAUCUGAGGACGUUUACACCCUACCGGUCGGCAUCCGCACAGUCAGCGUCACCAGCAGCCAGUUUCUUAUCAACAACAAGCCUUUCUACUUCCACGGUGUCAAUAAACAUGAGGAUGCUGAUAUUCGAGGGAAAGGCUUUGACUGGCCGCUCAUCGUCAAAGACUUUAACUUACUGAAGUGGUUGGGGGCCAACUCAUUCCGCACCAGCCACUACCCGUACGCCGAGGAGAUCCUGCAGAUGUGUGACCGUCACGGUAUCGUGGUGAUCGACGAGUGCCCAGGGGUGGGCAUCAAAGACAUCCGCAGUUAUGGAAAUGCCUCCCUGACCCAUCACCUGUAUGUCAUGGACGAGCUUAUACGGCGGGACAAGAACCAUCCAUCUGUGGUCAUGUGGUCGGUGGCCAAUGAGCCAGCAGCUGAGAUGCCUCCUGCUGAGUACUAUUUUAAGACACUAAUAAAACACACCAAAGCUCUGGACUCCACCAGGCCUGUGACUUACAUCACAGACAGUAACUACGCCAGAGACAAAGGGGCCCCCUUUGUGGAUGUGAUCUGUGUGAACAGUUAUUUCUCCUGGUAUCAUGAUCCAGGACACCUGGAGGUCAUCCCCAUCCAGCUCAAUACGCAGUUUGAGAACUGGUACGGAAAGUACCAGAAACCCAUCAUCCAGAGCGAGUACGGCGCUGACGCUGUGCUGGGGCUUCACAGUGACCCGCCCAUGAUGUUUACAGAGGAAUACCAGAAGGCCGUUCUACAGAGCUACCACAGCGUGUUUGACCAGAAGAGGAAACAAUAUGUCAUUGGUGAACUCAUCUGGAACUUUGCAGACUUCAUGACUGCACAAGGGAUCACCCGUGUCGUCGGGAACAAGAAGGGUGUGUUCACCCGACAGCGGCAGCCCAAAUCAGCAGCGUUCCUCCUGAAAGAGCGGUACUGGAGACUGGCUAAUGAAACGGGCAGACUGCCUGUUUGGACCAAAUACCCCUGCUCACUCUGACACUUUGCAGUGUUAGAAUGAAAGUGAGUGAUGCCGUGUAAACUCUACACUUGAUGGUAAAUGCUGAAGAAGAUCAAGACCAAACAGCUGAAGAGGUGCUUUCCUGUUACAUGAACUAUACCAGUACUUUGAUAGGACUUCCAGCAGAGAGUUUUGUAUUCAGUUUUCAGAUUCAUAGAAAGAAGCAUCUGUUGUUGUUGCUGCUUCCUUUUUAAAGGUGCAUUUGAUAACAAUAACUACAUUUGUGAUACAAGAUCAGCUCUAACUUUCCUCCAGGGAGGUGUCAGCUGAGUUUACCUUACAUAAAAAGCGCAUGAUUUCCUCUUAUCUUUUACAAGAGGAACACACUGCUUAUUUUUCUUUUCCUCUGUGAGUAAAUACAUCAAUUAUCAAACAUUGCUUUUGCAGUUUUUAUACACACUAUGCCACAAGCAUCUGUCACUUCUUUGCAUUGUUCUUCAAGUCUGAAUGUUAAAGUUUUUUAAGGAAAAAAGUACUGAAAACAUGUAAUUUGAAUGUGAAUUACAAUGCUGAAACCAAUCUUAAAAGUGUUUUAUUUUUAUAUGCUUAAAUCAACUGAAAGAAAAUCUAAUAAUUGGUUUAUUAAACACUGAAAAACUA